AGAAAGGAGCUGUUGGAAAACUAAACGAACCAAAACUUUACUUCUCUACAGCAUGCCACAGAAAGAUUUCAGAAGUCAAACGAGCUGGGAGACCGGUGUGGCCUCCAUGAUGCAAAACAGUCACAGUGGAGUAAACCAGCUUGGAGGUGUGUUUGUGAAUGGGAGACCUUUACCUGAUUCUACCAGGCAGAAGAUAGUGGAGCUGGCACACAGUGGAGCUCGACCUUGUGACAUAUCCAGAAUACUGCAGGUGUCUAACGGCUGUGUGAGUAAGAUCUUGGGCAGAUAUUACGAGACAGGUUCGAUCCGUCCUCGGGCCAUAGGAGGGAGUAAACCCAGGGUGGCCACUCAAGAAGUAGUAGGAAAGAUUGCUCAUUACAAGAGAGAGUGUCCGUCCAUUUUCGCCUGGGAGAUCAGAGACCGGCUGCUGGCAGAGGGAGUCUGCACCAACGACAAUAUACCCAGUGUUUCAUCAAUAAAUCGAGUGCUCAGGAACCUAGCCAGUGAUAAGCAGCAAAUGGGAACAGUGGGAGCUGAAGGGAUGUUUGACAAACUCAAGAUGCUCAAUGGACAAACCACCUGGGGAGGACGCUCAGGGUGGUAUGCUGGGACUACACUCACUACCACUGAGUGUCCGCAGGCAGAGGGAGGGGAAAACACCAUAUCAGUUAGUUCCAACGCUGAAGACUCAGAGGAGACUCAGAUGAGGCUUCAGCUGAAGAGGAAACUGCAGAGAAACAGAACGUCUUUCACACAGGAGCAGAUAGAAGCCCUGGAGAAAGAGUUUGAAAGGACUCACUAUCCAGAUGUGUUUGCCCGAGAACGCCUUGCCAACAAAAUAGACCUUCCAGAGGCGAGAAUACAAGUUUGGUUUUCUAACAGACGAGCGAAGUGGAGAAGAGAGGAGAAACUGAGAAAUCAACGUCGCCAGUUGUCCAACUCCUCCAACCAUAUUCCCAUCAGCAGCAGCUUCAACACCAGUGUUUACCAGCCUUUACCACAACCUACGACACCAGUGUCCUUCUCUUCAGGGUCCAUGUUGGGAAGGUCAGAUUCAGUUCUGUCCAACAGCUACAGCCUACCAGCCAUGCCCAGCUUCAGUAUGGCUGCCAGCCUGCCUAUGCAAGUUUCCAGCCAGACCUCUUAUUCCUGCAUGCUGCCCACCAGCCCCACUAUAAAUGGAAGAAGUUAUGAGACAUAUACUCCUCCACACAUGCAGCCACACAUCAACAGCCAGUCAAUGACGUCCUCUGCAACGUCAACAGGUUUAAUUUCCCCUGGUGUCUCAGUUCCAGUUCAAGUUCCAGGAAAUGAAGUGGACAUGUCACAGUACUGGCCACGCCUGCAGUGAUAUAACUUCCCUUGUGAGUGUGACCACCAGCAGUGACGGCUGCAACAGGACUCUAUGGGACAUCAGAGCAUGCCCUAUCCCUACUUUACAGCUUGAAUGUGAAUGCACCUGUCAUUGAUGGAAACAGACUGCACUGCAGCAAAUACAUUAAGGAAUUACUCUUAAAACGUUCAAACCAAAUUCUGGAGACAAGCAGGACAGAAGUUUGAGUAAUCUUCCAACUGAAGGAUUGUAAUAUCACUACAAACUAGUACAAGUUCAGCUACAAGUGGAUCAAAGGUCUUAUGGAGUUCUGUCUCCACAUCAUCUCCUCCUGCCAUUCAAGCCCAGAAUGAAAAGCUCUGGCCUGAGCUGUGCUCUGGAAGCUCAGGAAGAUGGCCCAUCCUGGUAAUCCUUGGUAACACUAAACUCCACAUAGGAAUAAACUGCAGUGUCUAUUUGGACAUUCUGUGGGAAGACAUAUUACCUCCACUUUCAGUUCCUAAUCUAUAUCACGUUGGUGUAUUUGUAGCAAAAAAGAUAUUGACUGAAACAUAAAGGGAAGAACUUAAUGAAACUUGAAAUGUCUGCUGUGAAUUAGUUUCAUCGGCAGAUUCCAAAAGCUCCGGCCUGGAAUGUGUAUAGAAUUUCAGAAUGUGGAUUCUGGUGAUAUAUGUUUGGUAUUGUAAAAACCUUGACCUGGGUGUGAUUUGCUAACUAGCAUGGACUGAAAAACAAUGUCUGUUCAGGGGGUAAAAACUCUGUCUGUUUUAAUUCCAAAGCUCCUUUGUCCAGAAGUUCAUCAUUAAACAAACUAUUGAAAGACUGGAAGCAAAACAAACACUUUGCUAGCUUUUAAAACAGUGAACAUUAGAGUGUGUCUGGGAUGUAAAUAUGUAUCUAAUUUUUAAGUGUAAAGUAUUUGUCUUCUCCAGUGAUCUGGUAGGGUUUCCAUAAUAAAGUUAUUUCA